UUACCUCGGAAUUCUAUACCCUUUAUCUUCUUGUUAUAUGAUUUUUCUGCAUUGAUAUUGGCACUUGGGGAGCUUAGAUCAGUUUGUGGUUAGUAAACUUGAGAAGAAUUUGUGUUUACCACACUUUAAUUGACGUCAUAUAUCCUGGGAAGUUUGUUGUUACCAUAUGCAGUGAACUAGUCUUAUAUGCACAAUAGAAAGUUAAAUUGCGUAAUUACAUCUAUCCAAAUCCUUCUUGUUAACUAAAAGAAAGGAAGUUAAUGAGUUGAGAAACUGCCUUGAAAUUCGGUAGAAUCACAGUGUAAUUUGGCCUUGUUUGAUUGUUUUUUAAAUUGGUAAAGAUGAGUUUGAUCGUUUUUUUAUAUUUGAAGGUAUAUUUCUAAUUAAGGGUAGAUACGAGUCCUCCCCUCUUCCUUUAUAUAAUAGAGAUACUUGCGAGUGACUAAUAGUUAGUGGAACAUAAUUUGACAUUGUAAAAUGUUCUCAAUAUGUGACUGUCUCCUGGUCUUUGCUGAAUAUGUCAUAUUCGCUUUAAGGGCAUAGAGAUUUCUGUCUAGAGAGUAAAGACUAUUGUACUCUGUUCUGAGCUAAGAAAGUUCUCCUAGAUAGAGGCCCCCAUCAGACAUGUCAGCUUCUCCUCCGUGGCUCCACCAUUUCUACUCUUAUUAGAUAGCUGAUCACUUUCUUUCAGCCUAUAUAUUCUAAGCUAUAGCCUUUAUGGUGACAAGGAAAGCUUUCUGGGUUGUGCAGUCUCUCCACUGAUGAUCCUUUCUCCACUUGCCCUUGCCAUUUUUCUAUUUACUUUCUUUGUUUGGUUUGGUGUUUUUUAAGUAUGGGGUUUAGAGACUGAAGAAGCCAUGUACUUGGAGUUAUGUAGUUUUUAUAUUUUAAUCACGUGAGCGGAAGAAGAAUAUCUCCCUGUAGAUAUUACACUUGGGGUUUCAUCAUGAAGGUAUGAUUGGAUAGAAUCCGUAAUAUGCAAGAGAUUUAGCUACCAGAUGGUUGACUAGCUGUAUUGGUCAGGAAGUAGUUAAAUGGAGUUGACUUAGGAGAUCAUUUUUUGUUUUAUUUUUUUCCUUCAAACUUUAUAGUGACUAUGUAUAUGAAGAUUGACGAAUAUGAUUUUAUGAAGGGGGUCCUUGUGUUUUUAGAGUUUUGUUGAUCACUUGAUGUAAAUAUGAUGUUGAAGUUCAUACUUAUUAGGAGAUGAAGGGAGAAAACUGCAAUGAAUGACUUCUUCCAUACAAUGAGCAACUACAAUAUGAUGUUGAAAACUAAUAAAUAGCAAGCCCACACACCCUUGAAGUUUCUUUUGUUCUAGUGAAACACUGAAGAAAUACUACUUAUUUUUCAUUAAAGCCUCUUUUGCCAGUGAUGAUUAAUGGAACUAGAACCUCAAUCAAAUCAUUGUCUUUGCUUUACUGCUUGAUGUUUUGCACGCAAUGAACCUUAAAAUUAUGUCGCCUCUUAUUUGAAAGCUUUCAAAAUAUCAAAGUUUUCCUUUGCCGACUUAGCCCCAUUUGUGCCUGCCCACUUAGUACUCCUGAGCCCCCAUUGACACCAGGCUCGCACUCUUGUCUCCAGUAGGAAAGAGUGUCCAUUCUCUCUCUUAGAAGUCUGUUUCCGCUCCUUACAUGUACACAAGCCUCAUUUCGCAAUGGCCUGAACAACAGGAGUUCGCUGCACCGUUGAAUCUCAGAACUUGUGGACUGUGGUACUGUGCUUCGCUAGUUUUGAUGUACUCUUUUUUUUUUCUUUAAGUGCUAAAGCAUAAAAGAACGGAACAUCUUAUUGGGUUCUAUCUUUAUCCUUAACCCCCAGAUGCCCAAUUUCCAUGGUUGUGUCCUCCUAAGGGUGUGUGUGCUAUUACUUAGGUUGUGAAAUGUUCUUUUAGGACUUCUAUGGAUGCGUUCUUUUCACCUUUUAAAAAACAGGCCUAAUAAAUUCAGAUUUAUCUUGAUAUUUUCCAGCUAGUUUUCGAUAAGUUCCAUUUCAAACAGGAUCUAGUAAAUUCCAAUAAGCUCUAAUAAUAUCAAUAAGUGUAGAUAAGUUCGACUCAGUUCUAACACCUUAUAAAAUAAGCUUUAGUAAAUUUUAAUAAGUGUACUUAAAUUUCAAUAAGUUCAGAUCACAUAAGUUAAAGAAAAAUAAUGUGAAGAGAACGCACUCUUAUGCUUGGAGUUCUUUUAUCUUGAGGUUGUAGCUUUUUGUGUAAUUGGAUGAUUCUAACGUGACAAUGGCGAGCUUUUUUGCUGUCCGCAAUAUAUGGAAGUUUGGAUAGCUGCUAUAAAUGAGGUUUAUAAUACUAUUUUGUUUUUUUCAAGAGACAAUAAUUUGCACUUCUGCCAGCUUCUUUCUUAAAGAACUUAAAAGUUCUAAUGGAAACAAAUGUAUGGAUGUACAAGAAAUUUGUCCUCUGAAAGUGUAGUUAAGUUCUCCCAUCUCCUAUCUCUUGAAAAACCUAUUGGAGAUAAGGUCAAUUGGUGGUGGAUCGAUGACUGUUGACUGAAUACGUCCUUAAGUCUGGCUCCAAAAGCACCAUCCAUUUAGAUCUCGUAUAGUUCCUUCUAGGAUCCAUAUGUCUAUCUUGUUACAUCAAAAUCUGACGGUAGUACCCAUGUUUAUUCUUCAUUACAGAUUCUUACCUAACGGUGAUCUGGCCGUGGUCUCUUAGAGGCAUUGUGGUAAAGUAGUUAUUGGAUUAUACCCCUUGUAUGCUUCAUUUAAUGAUGGUUCUUGGGUUUUAUGUGAGUGUAGAAGAUGAUAGUGCUAGAAUUCUAGAAUAGUUGCAUGAUUUUUCACAUGUCUUAAUGAUUGAACCUGUCUUUAUGGCCUUCAUGAUAGUGAUCAGGAUGAGGAAGAUUUUCUUAUCAGAUAUUAUUGAGUCUCACCAUCUAGGAUGCUCGGACUCGGGUACGGGGGUCGGACUCGGGUACGGGUCCAAGUGUCGGACACUUCAAAUUCUAAUUUUAAGGAUUCGUGGACUCGUUUUUGAAGAGUCCAAAUUGUGGAUAUGGACUCGGGGACACGGCAGUUAAGUAUUAGGAAAUCUUAUUUUCUAGAUUUAACUUCAAAAGCUCUAGUAUAAUUGUAAAAAAAAAAAAAAAGUAAAAGAGAAAAAGAAGCUAAAGGUUUACUAUUUUUUGAGAGAGAGAAGAGAAAGAGGUGUAAAUCAGUAAAUGUAAUGUUUCCUAAAAAAACAAAAAGGUGUAAAUGUAAUGUAGUACAGCUGUCUGCUGUACUACUUCUUGAAUUUAAUAGGCUGUUUUAUUGCUUUACUUUUUCACUUUUUGGUUCACGUGAUUUUUUCAACUCCCCCCUUCUGGUUUCCCACCUCACAUUAAAUUAUUAGAUAAAACAAAGAAGAGAUCUUUACCAUCUGGGUUUCUAGAACAACAGCACCCAGUAACCUCCAUAUCUCUCUCCUCUACCGUCGCCGGCGAAGUGGCCGGUAAGAUGACGAAAGUUAGACCAUUGUAAACGACUCACCCUCCCGAGUAAAAGCCCCAAUAUCUCAAGAAAUAAAAUCGUGUAUUUCUAGGUCAAUUUUCAGAUCUAGGGUUUACAGGUAAUCGAUGCCACGUCCACUUUCUCCUCCCCGCGUCCAGUUUGGAUUCCGUGUCGGCACCGGUGUCAUGUCGUGUCGAAACCGAUACAGCAGGGUGGCUGGCCGAGUCCGAGCUUCACAGCUCACCAUCAUAAUCGAGGAAUCUGUAAAUUGUUAUGCUAUCGCCGAAGGGAGACCUUUGAGGGAGCCAAGUACUCUUUGCUGUGGAAUAGGGAUUGGCUGGGUCUUGUUUAUUGCUGGUUUCUUCUUGGCGGGCAUACCUUGGUAUGUUGGAGCCUUAAUUCUAGUUUGUGGCAGAUUAGAUUACAGAGAGAAAGCAGGAUAUGUUGCAUGCAUGGUAGCUACUAUUCUGGCAAUGCUUGCUAUUCUAUUUGGUCUAACGAGUGAUAAUGAUUUCUGGUGAAUUCUGGAAUACAAAGAAAUGAAGAUGUACAUCCUGCCUACUUGCAUGGAGCCGAACAACAGACGCCCUCUUUAUCUCUUGUGAACUCAGAGGCUAUGUAAUAUUGUUUUUAAUAUCGUAUAUAAUUCAUGUCGUUAUUUUCUUGAUGGUAUAAUUGUUCAUAUGAAAUUUGAAACGUUUGGUACGUUGGCAUAAUGGCAUUGGGAGUGCCUGCGAGUGGCUAAAAAAGGGGGGAAAAAAGUUUGUACAGUUUUGAAUUUCCUCGUUUAUGUUGGGAGAACGUUGGUUUGUCUUGUUGAGUGGAAAAGUUUAUUCCUUGUUGAUACA